UUGGCUUCCUGUUCUUGGUCCAGCGCUGAACCGUGGGACCCGCAGAGUGGAGGCGAGAGGAAGCAGCAGUUAAAUGCGUGUGGCUGGCUCGUUUUCUGCCGUGAUGCUUUACUAGAUAGUCUGCUGCUUGUAAAGUCAUCCCUCCCCCGAAGGGCAGGCAGGCCAGGGAUGCGAUGAUUGGACUGUCCUCUUCGUCUGGAGGAGCUUAGGGGUCCGUGCUUGCCAUGGGAUUGAUUUUUCGCUCUGGAUGCACAGGCGAAGCUGGGAGCGUGCCCAGCUGCGUGUCAGGGCUGCAUAUUGCAUGGGCGCCUUUGAGGCACGGCGUCGGCGGAGGCGUGUGGCUGGAUGCUGAGACAAAGUGCUCCUGCAGCUGCAGGGCUUCUGCGUGGUGAUUCCUCCAGGUUGUGCGUCGCCGUUUCUACGUGUGCCUUUCGGGGUUUGGCUACGGGAGCUGCGGGGUGAACCCCCUUGCCCCCCGACAUCUCGGCAUGGCAGGGCUGGGGGGCCAGCAAGCGGCCGGUGUGGCAUGUGGGAUGGCGUGCUGUCAAGGAGACCUGAUUUCUUUAGACAUGUGGGCAUAUCUGAAAACCCCCACAGCUCAUGCCAUGAAGGAGGAGAACUUUCUUCGUCGCAGGUUCUCCCUCUGUCCGGCCUCGUCCACACCUCAGAAGGUCGAUCCUCGCAAGCUAACGCGCAAUCUGUUUUUCGGGGCCGACAAUGACAUCUACCCACUCAGCCCAGGAAAAGAUGUGGAAGGAAACAGCCCAUCGGCCCUGAAGGAUGAGACACCACAGACUCCAAACUUCAUUAGCAAGGCAGGUUCCUCAAGGAAAAUCAGCCUCCCACUUAUCCUGGCAGUGGAGAAGCCCAAGGACCAGAUCGAAUAUAAGCUUUGCAAUGGGUCUGACAAAGAGUGUGUGUCUCCCACAGCCAAAUUCAUGAAGAAGGAAACACUGAAGGUACAAAAAAAAAAUUACAGGCAGGAGAAGAAAAGAGCAACCAGACAACUCUUCAGUGCUCUGAAGGAUCCCAGUGUGGUGAUCACAGCAGACUGGCUGAAGAUUCGUGGAACUCUGAAGAGCUGGACCAAACUAUGGUGUGUCCUGAAACCAGGAGUGCUGCUUAUUUAUAAGACGCCAAAGAUCGGACAGUGGGUUGGGACAAUCCUGCUCCAUUCUUGUGAGCUGAUCGAGAGACCCUCCAAAAAGGAUGGCUUCUGCUUUAAACUCUUCCAUCCUCUGGAUCAAUCCAUCUGGGCUGUAAAGGGACCAAAGGGAGAAAAUGUCGGUUCGAUCACUCAGCCUCUUCCCAGCAGCUACUUGAUUUUCAGAGCAGCCUCUGAAUCAGAUGGCCGAUGCUGGCUGGAUGCUUUGGAACUUGCCCUGCGUUGCUCCAGCCUCUUCCGGCUCAGUGCCUCCAAGCAGGGAAAGGAUGGAGAAGUGAACUGCUCAAGUGAUUCUGCGCAUGUGGGGUUCAACCACCUCUUGCACACCAGUGCCAUGUCAGAUCAGGAGUUCUUCCAGUUGAAUGAAUCAACCCUGGAGAACAACCACCAUUUGGAAAAUGACGCUUUUUCGGACAAGUCAGAGAGAGACAACAUAGAGGAGUCAGAGAAUGAAGCACAUGAGAACAGCCGGAAGACAAAUGAAAGCGAGAGUGAUCAGUCAGAAAUGCAGGGAGAGGUCUCUCCAGGAGGGAAGGGGACCACUUAUAUUGAACAAGUCUAUGAAGAAUUUGGAGAGACAGGGGAGUCAUCUCAGACCGAAACCGUUUCUGAGGAGAACAAGAGCCUGAUGUGGAUCCUGCUGAAGCAGCUGCGGCCUGGCAUGGACCUGUCACGGGUGGUGCUGCCCACCUUCAUCCUGGAGCCACGCUCAUUCCUUAACAAACUCUCCGACUACUACUACCACGCCGACCUGCUCUCCCAGGCUGUCCUUGAAGAUGAUCCAUACACCCGCAUGAAGCAAGUCUUGAGGUGGUAUCUGUCCGGCUUCUAUAAGAAGCCAAAGGGAAUAAAAAAGCCAUACAACCCUAUUCUGGGAGAGACAUUCCGCUGCUGUUGGUUUCACCCUCAGACGAACAGUCACACAUUUUACAUAGCAGAACAGGUGUCCCAUCACCCACCAGUGUCAGCUUUUCACGUCAGCAAUAGGAAGGAUGGAUUCUGCAUUUCUGGCAGCAUUCUAGCUAGGUCCAAGUUUUAUGGCAACUCACUUUCUGCGCUGUUAGAUGGGAAAGCAAAGCUUAUGUUUCUAAGCAGAGGAGAAGAAUAUGUAAUCACUAUGCCAUACGCCCACUGUAAAGGACUUUUAUAUGGUACCAUGACAAUGGAGCUUGGAGGGAAGGUUACCAUUGACUGUGAGAAAACUAACCACAGGGCAGAACUGGAAUUCAAGCUAAAGCCCUUCUUCGGUGGCAGCACGAGCAUUAAUCAAAUCUCGGGGAAGAUUAAAUGUGGAGAAGAGGUGCUAGCGAGUCUCACUGGACACUGGGAUGGAGAAGUGCAUAUGAAUGAGCUGAAAAAUGGGAACACAGAAAUGUUCUGGAACCCGACCAGUGAAGUGCGAAGGCAGAGACUGAAGCGCCACAUUGUGCUGUUUGAGGAGCAGAUGGACUUUGAGUCAGAGAGGCUUUGGCAGCAUGUUACCAGUGCAAUAAAUAAGGGUGAUCAACACAAGGCGACGCAGGAAAAGUUUGUGCUGGAAGAGGAGCAGAGGAAUGCCGCCCGGGAGCGGAGGGAAAGCGGCACGGAAUGGAAACCGCUGCUGUUCCGGCACGAUGCUGGGACCAAUGAAUGGCGCUACAAAUACGAGGAUCUAAGACCUUGGGAUCCUUUGAACGACAUUGCUCAAUUUGAGAAAGAUGGAAUACUUCAGACAAUGGAAAGACACUUAUCCACAAGGAUGUCAAACCACAAAGCAACAUGCAUAAACAAUCAAAUCACACGGCACAAGAGGUCUGCCAAAGACUGCCGGCGCCGCAAAACCAGUGAUCAGCCGUCCAACCACAGCCAGAACACAGAGAGCAGCUGUUCAACGCCAGAGUCAGUGCAGGAGCUCUCAGAUGAUGAUGGGUUUGAAAGCCUGUGCACUCAGUGUGGGAAAGAAAUGAAUCACCUGAAGGAAAUUCACUCAGCUGUCUUAUCCCUACAGAAAGCCCAACAGGACAUACACAGAAACCUCAGUGCUCUGAACAAAAAGUCCUUCCACAGGAAGGCCUCUUCUGAAAGCUUCCUCCUGGACUCUCGCUGUUGGUUUCUCCUCUGCAUCUUUCUUACGUGUCAACUCUUCAUUAAUUACGUCUUCAAAUAAAAUCACUACGUUUGGCAGCAAUAAUGAUCACUGGCUGCAGGAGGGGGCCACUCACGCAAGGAGCCCAGCGAGGCACCAAAGCACUUUAGAACCAACAUGGCAGAGGUGGAAGGAAGUGGAAAAACGAGGUUAAAAAGGGACUUAGGAACCUGCAAAACUUUGUUCCUGCAGAUUACGUCAUUUUUGCCUUUUACAUGUACAUCUUCAAGGACCUCUUAACCUGUAUGGGCCUUAAUGCUGAAGCCAAAUGUAGCUUUAAUUGUGCAA